AAAAUUGCUGGUAUCAUGAAAAUACAAACACCUCUACAAGCCAUUUUUGGUCUGCUAUUUUGGAAUUUUGUGGGGAUAAAAGCUAGUGAAUUGGAAAAAUAUUUUCCUGCGUAUGGAGUAUCAUCUUAUGCAGAUAUUUUAACACCCUCAGUAUGUAAGAGUGAAUUGGAAAAAUUUAAAAAAGCAGUAGAUCAAAAAAUUCCAUGGAGUUUAAAAGUUUUGGAUUCAAGCGGUGAAUCAAAAUCUGGAUUUAUUUAUGGCAACAAUUUUUGGCUGGGAUCAAAAAGCCAGUGUCUUGAUUUGGAAAAUACCAAAUCCCUCGAAUUAGACCCGGAGUUUUUGAAAAGUAUUUCAAAAUAUCAUAAUAUCGAUGAAGAGUUUCCGCCAUUUCAUUUAAACUACUUUAUAGCGCAUUUUUAUCACAACAGUACACAUCAGUAUCAAUGUCGCCUUAGAAAUGAAGUCCUGAUAUCAUUAGGACUUUGCCUGCCGGCUUCGUGUUCAACUGACCAAUUAUCUACAAUUUUGGAAAAAAUGUUCGAAGCCAAAAUUUUGGCCGUCGGGAAUUUGUAUUCUGCUGAUUACCGUCUUUAUAGUGUGCGAGGAGGCAAAAAUGAUUAUCGAUGGCUUCUUGACUGGAAAAUUAUCACCACUUGCAUUGUUCUGAUAGCCACGAUACUUUUGGCAAUCAUUGGUACAUUCUAUGACUGCAUCAUCCACCAAAAACGAUUGGAAUUGAUUAAAAGUUCUAAAAAGAUCGCCAAUAAUUCAGAUGAAAAAUCAGCAAUUGUCUUGCAACCAAAUUUUCUUGGACAAAUCUUGCUUUGCUUUUCUGUAUACACAAAUACCAAACAAAUUUUCGAUACGAAAGAAAGUGUAAAAGAUGUAAUACCAUCACUUUUUGGCCUGCGUUCUCUUGAAAUGAUUUAUGUCUGUAUGCUCCACACCCUUAUAUACGCGCCUGAUUUUUUGGACAAUCGAGUUGCAUUGCUGAGAUUUACAGAAGGAUUUGUAAAUCAAAUUUUUACCAACGGACAUAUUUCCGUCGACACGUUUUUCUGCUUAAGCGGAUUUUCGAUUAGCUGGGCAUUUUUCGGCAAGAAAGUGAAUGUUUCUAGAGCUAAAUCGUUCCGGCAUUUUCCGUGGCACAAAUUUUUUGAUCUCACUCUUAAGAGAAUUAUCAGAAUGGCUCCAGUAUACUUUGUGAUAAUCGGGAUAACUGGAAUGAUUUUUGGAUGGUGUAAUGCAAAUUCUUUAUUCGUUAUAGCUGAAGAUCCGUAUCAUAACUGUAAUGAUUACUGGUGGAGAAACGCGCUUUUUAUUAACAAUUUAUUUCCUUGGAAUGAAUUGUGCAUGACAUGGAGCUGGUAUGUACCAUGUGAUAUACAAUUCUUCAUCAUCGGAACAUUCCUAUUACUUUUAUCUGAGAUACAUUUUCAUGCAUCAGCAUUCCUGUUGAUAGCUCUCCUAAUAAUUUCAGCUAUCGUAAAUGGGUUAAUUUCUUACGGAUAUGGAUACACAGCCACGAUGGAACAAAUGUUUUUGCAACCGGAGAUAUUAUAUUCAUCACCUUGGAUGAGAAUAGGUCCAUAUCUAGUUGGAAUUAUCGCUGGGUACGUUUUGAGAAAGCUCAAUGGAAAAUUGGAUCUCAGUACAAAAAUAUUGUGUUUACUUUGGAUUGUGGGAAGUUUGUGCAAUAUUUCUGUUCUUUUUGGACUCUAUCAAAGGAACUUUUCACUUAUGAGCGCUACGAUGUACGUAGCCUUUGGUAGGAUUGUAUGGGCCGUAGGAAUAGCUUGGAUUGUGAUUGCUUGUCAUACUAACAACGCUGGAUUCAUUAACGAAAUUCUGUCGCUAAAAGUCUGGAUUCCUUUGUGCAAGCUUAUAUACUCUGCCUAUCUAUUGAAUCCACUGGUUACACUUUCAGUUUCUAUGACGUCAGAAUCAUCCAUACACUUCGACAAUUUCCGAUGUUUUAUAUACUUUUUAGGAUUAACAGCCUUCACAAUUUUCAGUGCAUUUAUCGCAACUAUUUUGAUUGAAACUCCGUGUAAUUUACUAUUUCAAUUACCUAACAAGUUGCGCAAAAAAGAGACACUAACUCCCAAAAAAAUGACGUUACCAAAAAAUGUAAAAAAUUUAUGUUUAUUAUUUUAUGUAUUUUUAUUGUGUAUUUUUGUAAAAGCACAAAGCAACAAUUUAGAAAAAUAUUCGCCCGCAUAUGCAGUGACAUUUCAUGCGGAUAUUUUAAAAAAUUCAUCGUGUAAAAGUGAUUUGGAAUUAAUUCGGAUUGGCGUUGAUAGAAAAAUUUUAUGGAGCUUGAAAGUUUUAGAUGCGAGUGGUGAACCUAGACCAGGAUUUUUUUACGGCAACAAUUUUUGGCCAGGAAUCAAAAGUCAGUGUCUUGACUUAAGAAACACCAAGCCCCUGGAAUUAGAUCCUGAAUUUCUGAAAAAUGUUUCAAAGUACCGUAACAUCGAUGAAGAAUUUCCGCCAUUUGAUCUCAACUACUUUAUUGUAUUUUUCUGGCACAAUAGUACGCAGCAGUACCAACUUCGCUUUAAAUAUGAUGAUUUAUUGUCUCUAGGAGUCUGUCUUCCAGCAUCAUGUUCGUCGAAAGACUUGAGCGGGAUUUUUGAAAAAAUAUUUGAAUCCAGAACUCUUACAAUUGGAAGCUUACAUUCAACAGACUAUCGGCUUUAUGACAUUCGGGAUGGCAAAGAUGAUCACCAAUGGCUUGUUGAUUGGAAAAUCAUCACCACUGGUAUUGUUUUGACCUUAUCCAUACUUUUGGCGGUAAUCGGUACAGCAUAUGACUGUAUUGUUCACCAAAAACGUCUAGAUCCAGCAGAAAGCUCGAAGGACGUCACUGACAACACAAGUCCAGCUCCAGAAGCUAGACAGCCAAAUACUUUGGAACGAUUCUUGCUCAGCUUUUCUGUCUUCACCAACACCAAAUUGUUUUUCGACACAGAAUCAAGCAAAGAUUCAGUGAAUUCAAUCGUCGGUCUUCGCUUGCUUGGCAUGAUAUGGAUUUUUUUGAUCCACGCAGUUUUUUAUACGAAUGAUGCGCUUGAUAAUCGACUGACAGCAUGGAAAUUUUCCGCAGAAUUUGCAAACCAAAUUUUAACCAACGGAACCUUGGCAGUAGACACGUUCUUCUGUAUCAGCGGAUUUUUGAUCUGUUGGUCAUUUUUUGGUAAACGAAUUGGUCAAGAACCAAAACCAGUUCGUCGAUUUCCGUGGUUUAGAUAUCUUAAUCUUGUCUUCAAUAGAAUAUUAAGGCUUGGUCCAGUGUACUUUGUAAUAAUUGGAAUAGCUGAAAUCAUUUUUGGAAUGAUCAACAAAACUUCAGCUUUUAUUGCUGCGGAGGAUCCUUACUAUUAUUGCAGUAAUUACUGGUGGAGAAAUGUGCUUUUUAUCAAUAACUUAUUCGAUUGGAAUGAAGCAUGUCUGUCUUGGAGUUGGUAUGUAGCAAACGACAUGCAAUUCUACGUGAUCGGAACAUUUUUAUUGCUGCUAUCUGACGUGUACUUUUACACCUCUGCAGCUUUACUAUUAGUUCUGCUAAUAGUUCCAGCCAUUAUUAAUGGAUUUACUUCUUAUGCCUAUGAAUAUAUCAAUACAACUGACCAAAUGUGGAGCAUAAUGAAUGUUGUAUACUCACCACCGUGGAUACGAAUAGGACCAUAUUUGAUAGGAAUGAUAACAGGGUAUAUCUUGAGAAGGAUAAAGGGUAAAUUGAACGUCAGUCGGAAAAUUUUGUGCUUACUUUGGAUUGUUGGAAGCUUGUGUAACAUUGUGAUACUUUUUGGACUCUAUGGCAAAAAUUUUUCGUUUGUUAGUGCUGCGUUUUAUGUGGCUUUUAGCAAAAUUGUAUGGGGUAUUGGUAUUGCUUGGAUCAUUAUUGCCUGUCAUACCAACAACGCUGGACUGAUCGGAAAAAUUCUUUCGCUGAAAAUUUGGAUUCCUUUGAGCAGAAUGACAUACUGCGCAUAUUUACUAAAUCCGCUAAUUACUAUUGCGAUUGCUAUGAUAUCAGAAACUACUACACACCUUGACAUAAUUCCGUCGGUGAUACAAUUUAUGGGUUUGACAGUUUUGACCUUUUUGUGCGCAUACUUCAUGUCAGUAAUCUUUGAAAUUCCAUAUAUGAUGUUGGCCCUACUGCUUUUUAAACCAAAAAAACAAAAUAAAAAUUAAUUCAUUACAUUUGUAUAAGAAUUUUUGAACAACUAAAAAUUUAAAAAUUUUUAGAAAAAAUAAUAUUGGAUUGAAAAAUUUAAAUGAAAAUUUUCCAAUUUAAUCUCAAGUUUGACUAAAUAAAGUACCGGCGGAUAAUAAAGCUUAACUGAGGGAGAUUUUUAAAUAAAUUAAAAAUAUUGCAUUUAAUUAUCGAAAUGUAUCAUUAAUCUUUAUUUUAAUACAUUAGCCAUAAAAUAUAAUGAAUUAAUGGUAAUUUUCACCAUAAACAAACACAAAAUUGAACUUUUUCAAAUACUUUACGUAAGCCUUAUUGUACUGCAGUAGGAUAACAAGACCUACGAGUUAAACAUACUGGAAAUAAUUAUACUAUACUUAAUAAAAUUGUUAUUAGAGAUAAA